AUGUGGAAAGACAAUAAUCAUUAUGUGGCUUUAUUACUUGUGCUUGGCAUUUUUCUUAUAACGCCAGGCUUAAUUUCUAAAGCGGAAGCAAUAACAAACACAACAGAGAACUCCGAGAUUACAACAUUACAAAGUAGUGAAGUAAAUACAAGCGAGAACUCAAUGAGCCUCCGUGAUCAAGUGGAAAACCUUUUGUUUAAUUGGGAUAUUAGUGAAGCUAGCAAUGACGUAAUCGAUGGUCGCGGCAAGAAACAUAAACAUAAGCAACAUCUGAUGAAGAAGAAGAAGAUGAUUAUGAUGAUGGCUGUUGCUUUCAUUGGUGGUGUCAUUCACGCCUUCAUCAAAGGAAUAAAAGCUGUGAUCAAGUUGAAAUUACUUGUCGCUGUCGCUAUCAUAAUUAAGUUCCAUUUAUUCCUUUUAUUUUUCAAAGCAAAGAAACAUUUCUUCCAUGAACAAGUUGGCAAUAUAUUUGGCAAACAUAAUUUCCAUGAACAUGAAUAUGAACAUCAUUCACAUCAUCCUUUUGACUUUUUUGGAAAACACGAUCAUUUCAAAAACAAGCAUGGACUAUUGGGGCCACUUUUAAAGUUAUUUGGGUCAAGUUUUCAUAAAGAAGAUGAUCAUGGUGCAGAUUUAUUUGGACUCAGCAAUGAAUUCGGUGGUCAUGGACAUGAUGAUCACGAAGAUUUAUUUAAAAGAGAAGCGAAUCGAUAUAAACCAGGACAUUAUGAUGGAGAUUAUUCAGCACAUCGUCCCGUUUACAAUUAUCAUCCACAUUACACUCAAACGAGAGUUGCAAAGCAAGCACCAUUGAAACGACCAAGUCAAGUUGCUGAAAAUUUGACUCCACCAGAAUUCAUUGUGUCAACAUAUCACAUGCCACCUAAGCCAGAUAGCGAAGUUUACAGUCCAUUUACACGUGGAUUAAUUGACACCGAUCCAGGUAUGAUUCACUACCUAAGCCAACCACAUAAUAAUGUUCAAUCGAAUACUCAUUAUGCACAGCACAUCGAUUCCAUCUCACCUAGUGAUGAAGUAAUUUAUUCACCUCAAGCAACUCCAUCAUCUCAUGACAAUAAAGUUUUAAAAGACAUUCAGGAAGUAUCAGGAUCAGUUCUCGAGACACUAAACAACAUUUUUCCCAAACUUGAUGGAGUUGAUAAACAUAAGACGAUCAACGAGAAGCAAACUUAA